CUCUGCAAGGGCAUCGACAUUGAGGAUGCCACCAUUGAUGAACUCCAGCGAUGGAUGAUGCUUGGGGAUCUUACUAGCAAAGACUUAGUCAAAUGCUACGUUGCCCGGAUUGAGCAAACAAAUGGCUACCUCCGUUCAGUCAGCGAGGUCAACCCUGACGCUCUUACCAUUGCCUCUGCCCUCGACAAGGAGAGGGCAAAGCAUGGCAUCCGAGGGCCAAUGCACGGAAUUCCGUUCAUGGUCAAGGACAACAUCUACACCGAUGACAAGCACAACACCAGCGAGGGAGGAUUAGUCUUGCUUGGUGGAAGGUACUCAUCUGAGGCGACCGUGGUGGCUAAGAUCCGUGCAGCUGGUGGUGUCCUGCUGGGCCAUGCGGCUUUGUCCGAGGCUGCAGAUCAUCGCGCUCUGUCGAAUUUCUCGGAUGGAUACUCGACCAGAGUUGGACAGACAAGGAACCCUUUCAAUCUGACUCAGCCUACCUCAGGUAGCAGUGGAGGAUCUGUCGUUGCUGUCCGAAGCAAUCAGGUGGCUGUUGCCCUGGGCUCUGAGACUCAUGGCUCUCUUGUGCACCCAGCUGCCCUAUUGGGUCUUUAUACUCUCAAAUCGACCCCGGGUUUGAUCUCGAGACAUGGCAUUGUCCCGGGCAGCUUCUAUCACGAUACCCCGGGACCCGUUGCUCGCUCGAUGAAGGAUGUCGCUAUUUUAUUCGACAUUAUGGCGGGCGCAGAUCGCUUUGACAAUUCCACUUUUGACGCACUUAGCUAUUAUCCCAAGGCUGGCUACAGCGCCGAGGUUGUGGGUAAGGAUGCCCUGCGGGGGAUGAAGCUGGGUCUGCCAUGGAACCCGUACUGGUCAACGAUUAGCGUAAAGCAGUAUGAGAAGCGAGUGAGGGAGCUGAAAGCAGCUGGAGCAGAGAUCUACAACAUCACAUACAUCCCAGGUAUUCAAAACAUCGCCAGCCGCUAUGGGUUUGGCCAGCCUUCGGAUGUUGCCGCAGAGUACGGCCAGCUGGAAGCCUACAAUACUCUCCUUGCAGUUGGAUACGGCGAGUGGCUUCGAAACUGGACUUUCCCCAAGGGUGAUAAGCGCCGUGGCAUGUCUAGUCUAACUGAGAUGGCCGCCUGGAACGACGCCCACAACGCAACCACAGGGUCGUUGGGCAAUGGCACUUGGUGGUAUAAUACUAUUUCAGGACAGGACUUCUACGACAACGCCAUCGCCACCAAUGGGACAAUGGGCGAUAAGUUCUGGAAGGCAUUCGGCUGGGGGCGCCGCACUGCCCGCGAGGCAAUUGAUGGAGGCCACGCCUAUGUGCUGAAAAAUGGCACCGUGGUCGAGCUGGACGGGCUCCUGGUUCCCAACGAUCCGUCUGGUGGCUUUGACAACGCCUGUUCCUCAAUUCCUUCCUACGCAGGCUACCCCAUCGCCUCAGUACCCAUCGGACAGAGCGGAUACAGUCUUCCCUGUGGAAUCUGUGUCUACGGACGAAAAUACUCCGAGCCCAAGCUCAUAAGGGUGGCCUCGGCUAUGGAAGACCUAUUCCGUUGGAACGCUAAGCCGAAGUUUUACAACUACAAGACAGCCAAGGGACGCUGGGAGACUCUGUGGCCUGGAUAUGCGUGUACGGAAGACUCUUUGGACCAUUAUGGUUGCGAAGAGGCUUAA